AUGUCUCUCCUGAACGUAUGGUCAGUACCUCCAGGAACAGAGAUCUAUGAUGUGAUGGGUAGAACUGUGGAAAUCAGAAUCAUGAAUUCAUCCAAUCUCUGGAGUCCACAGAAUGUGGAGUAUUGCUUUGACUUUAUUGACCGUUACUACGCAGUAUGUGACCCACUGCAUUAUGUCACCAAAAUAACUAUCCCUGUGAUAGUAUUAUUUUUAUUAAUUAGCUGGUCUGUCCCAUUCUUAUUUGCCUUUGGCUUAGUUUUCUUAGAGUUGAAUAUUGAGGGCAUUGAAGAAUAUGUGACUUCUAUUGACUGCAGUGGUUUCUGUGCACUCAUAUUUAACAAGCUCUGGGGAGUGAUGGUUUCUCUUAUAGCCUUCUUUUUCCCAGGCACAGUGAUGGUGGGGAUCUAUGUCCACAUAUAUACUGUGGCAAGAAAACAUGCAAGACAAAUUGCUAAAAUCCCCAAUGCAAUAAAAUGUGUCUCUGCGUUGAAAAACAAAAUGUCCACAAAAAAAGAGAACAAAGCAACUAAAACUUUAAGUAUAGUCAUGGGGGUGUUUGUUUUUUGUUGGCUGCCUUUCUUUAUUCUUACGAUAGCUGAUCCUUUUAUUAACUUCUCAACACCUGAAGACUUGUACAAUGCCUUCCUCUGGCUGGGAUACUUCAAUUCUACUUGUAAUCCAAUCAUUUAUGGUUUAUUUUAUUCUUGGUUUCGCAAAGCAUUUAAAAUGAUUGUGGCUGGUACAAUCUUCAGAUCAGAUUCCUCUACUCUUACUUUGUUUCCCACAAAUACUUAAUUAACCAAGUAGGGCUCUUCUGAAUGGAUUAGUAUGAAUAAAUGCCUAUGCUGUUUCUGGAGAUCUUUUAGAACAGUUCACAUAGUGCCCUACAUAUUGACAACAUUUACAAGAAUCUGCACAUGCUUUUGGAGUAACUCAUUUGUAGCGUGUCUCUAUAGGUAUUGUUUAAGGAUUAGCAUGCUAUCUUAGUGACCUGUCUGUCU